AUGGCAACAGAUGUCAGAAUGUCUCCACAAGAAGAGGGCGAACUUUCUGACGUUGACCGAAGAGCGAGCUCUGAUGAAAGCGAACUAAAGGAAAACAGAAAGAGAAAGUUUGCCGAAUUAUCGGAUACAUCUGAUAGAGAAGCGAAGCGACGCUUUGUGGAAAAUCCCCCUGAGGAGCCAGAAUUGAGUGAUUCAGGAAGACUGUCCGGGGAGUCGGACAUUGAGGCGAGGCAGAAAGAUGAUGAUGAUGACAUGUGUAGUCAUGGUCGCAGUAAAGAAAAUAGCGGUGAUGAAGACAAACUCUAUGAUCAAGUGGAAGAAAAGAAAGAUUAUAAAAAGAAUAGAGAUGUGAAGAAAGAAGACAAAAAAGAAAACCUACCCGAGCGAAGUCGAGAAAAGGAGGACAAUGGCAAGGAAAGAAGAGGUCGUGAAGAAACUAGAGAGCGAAGGGACGGUGUCGAGCGCAGGGACAGAAGCGAUCGUGGACGCUCAAGAGAAAGGCGAGACAACAGGCGUUCAACUACCAGGGAGCGCGAAGAACGCGAAAGAAGAGAUCGCGACAGACAUCGCAGUUCUCUGGAACGACGAAGAGAAAGAAGCUCCGACAGGUACAAGGAACACCGUAGCACAUCCCGUUCUUAUAGAGACAGAAGAGAUGACAGGAGGGUGGAUUCAUAUCGUGAUAGAGAUCGUGACAGGAAUCGAGAUAGAUAUCACGGACGGCGUAGUCGAACACCUGAGAGAAGGCGUGGUGAUAGAAACGACAAGUCUAGAGAUGAGGAUGAUGAGAUAAUUCCGAAUAUUGAAUGGAAUCCUGAAGAGGAUUCUGAUGAUGAAGAAAGGAAAAUUCAAGAACAGAGGGAACGACGGAUGAGGCUUUUGCAGCAGAUGAAUAAAACCGAAGAAAAGGAGCCUGACAAGACGAAAAUUUAUUCCGACGAGAGUUCAGAGGAAGAUGCUCUAAUCAGAGAAGCUCGUCGCUUGGUUGGACCGAGUGGCGUUGGAAGCGAAAGCCCAAUGAGCAGCAGCGCGAUCUCUUCUCCAGAAAGAGACGCUGGUGACAGUACGCCCGGCGAUUUCUUUGCUGAUCUGAAGGAGAAAAUGGUGCAUUUGAAAGGACUGGACGAGCAUCUAGUUGACGAGACGUUGCAAAAGGCUAAAAAGCAAGAGGCAGACGAUGCUAAACGAGAAAGAGAAUAUCAUGCAAACGACACGCCGGUGAAGGAGGAACCUCCGAAAGUAAUCGCUCCUCCCAAACCGGUAACAAAGACCAAGACCGAGUUUGAUAUGUUUGCGGAUGACGCUGAUCUCCCACAGGAUGGAAUCGUCGCCGAUGAAGCUGUUUUGGAGUCCCAAGGACAUCACGCUGACGCUUUGAGAGACAACUGGGACGAUGCGGAGGGCUAUUACCGAGUACGUAUUGGAGAAGUACUAGACGGCCGCUAUAGAGUAUUCGGGUAUACUGGAGCAGGAGUAUUCGGGAAUGUGGUCAGAUGCACAGAUCAGAACAGAAAUGACGUGGUUGCCAUCAAAAUUAUACGAAACAACGAAAUAAUGCGUAAAACAGGGCUUCGAGAAUUGGAAGUGUUGCGUAAGUUGAAUGAGGCAGAUAGAGAAGACAGAUUUCAUUGCCUUCAACUGUAUCGCACGUUCAAUCAUCACAACCAUCUGUGCCUUUGCUUUGAGAAUCUGAGACACAGUCUCAUGUAUGCUCACGUUUGGUGUGAUAUUAUGUUUUUUACACUGCGUAGUUUUGUGUUCAUGACUAAGAAUUGCAGCAUGAAUUUGCGAGAGCUUCUCAAGAAGUAUGGUAAUAAUGUUGGUUUGCACAUGAAAGCUGUACGAAGCUAUGCUCAUCAACUGCUUAUGGCGCUACGACUGCUGAAGAAAUGUGGUCUUGUCCAUGCCGACAUCAAGCCCGACAACAUUUUGGUAAACGAGUCGAAGCUGGUACUGAAGCUAUGUGAUUUUGGGUCAGCUGGUCAUGUCCGAGAUCAGGAGAUUGCUCCAUAUCUCGUUUCAAGGUUUUAUCGAGCGCCAGAAAUCAUGCUGGGCAUUCCUCAUGACUAUGGUAUUGAUUUGUGGUCUAUAGCAGUUACUAUUUAUGAAGUAUACACAGGAAAAAUCAUGUUUCCGGGAAAGAGCAAUAACCACAUGCUCAAGCUUUUCACAGAAGUGAAAGGGAAGUUUCCCAACAAGCUAGUUCGAAGAGCUCAAUUCCGCGAUCAACAUUUUGACGCCAACUGCAACUUACUUUACCAUGAGGUCGACAAAGUAACUCAACGAGACAAGGUGACAGUUCUAUCGAACAUUCGCAUAUCUCGAAAUCUAGAGCUCGAGUUGUUAGGAGAACAGGAUCUCGAUCGCGAUGGAAUAGCUCAGGUUCAUUCAUUCCGCUCACUCCUAGAGCAAAUGCUGGUGUUGGAACCGGCAAAACGAAUAACUUGUGGUGAAGCUAUCAAGCACCCGUUCUUUUCCAUGAAGUGA